CGCGUGGAAUUUCGAAUUAAUCGAUAGCAUUGUGAUUGUACGAAGUCGUGGUCAAAAAAUAUCGUUUAUAAUGUGAAAUGUGUUACUGCACCGUUGUUAAAAAUAAUAUGUAUGAGUUAUAACGUGUAUAAUCACAAGAAAAAGGAAAAAUAAACAAUACAAGAUUACCACAAAGUAAAAUAAAAUAAAAAUGCCUGCUGUGAGCAUUUGUGACCCAGUUGCGGCUACACUCCGCCGUACUUUGGAAACUAGCCAAUCUAAAACAUCCGAUGAUUUGUCAGCAAGUUUAGUUACUAGUGCAUCAAGAAUUAUUCAGUCAGAAAUUCAGUACAAAGAAGUAGAUGAUUAUCAAACAACAAUUUUGGAUCAACUUAAAGCCAAAUACAUUGUAUUAACCUUACCAAAUUCAGAAAAUUCAGAUGAUAAAGUGAAAGAUGGAGCAAAUUAUAUGAAAAGAAACAAUAAAGUAUCCAAAGGACCCAGUUUACCAGAACCAACUGUUACUUUAUAUUCUCCAAAGAAAGUUAGUCUAGGAUGGAAGGGCACGUUUCCAGUUGGAGCUGGCAUGUACAAUGUUGGAAAUACAUGUUACUUAAACAGCACUCUUCAAGCUCUGUUUCACGUACCAGCACUUGUUAACUGGUUAUUGUCAGACUUACAUCACACAUCAAAAUGUGAACAAAAUGAUGGAGGUGGAGAGUGCCUUACAUGUGCAGUGGCUAAAACUCUACAAUUUAGCCAUCAGAAGUCAGGAUGUGCUAUUAAGCCAUUCUAUGUGUAUAACAAAUUAAAACUUAUUUGUCGAACCAUGGUACCAGGGCAGCAAGAAGACGCUCACGAGUUUUUACGAUAUUUACUAGAAGGCAUGGAGAAAGCUUAUUUAGCAAGACAUAAAGCCAGUAAACUAGACAAUUAUUCUAAAGAAACAACACCCAUUAAUCAAAUUUUUGGUGGCUAUAUUCGUACCGAAGUAAAGUGCCUACAAUGUCGGCAUGUUUCCACUACCUUUCAACACUUUCAAGACUUAUUGGUCGAUAUACGUAAAGCAAGUACUCUGGAUGAAGCAUUAAGUAGUUAUUUUAGUCGUGAACAAUUAGAUAACAAUGAUUAUAAAUGUGAGGCUUGUAAAAGAAGAGUUCCUGCUACAAAACAGUUUAGCUUAGAACGACCUCCUAAAGUGCUUUGUGUACAACUAAAACGAUUCAGUGUUCUAGGAGGAAAAAUAUCUAAACAUAUAGGUUUCAAGCAAAUUAUAGAUAUGGGCCCUUACCUUUGGAGAGAACCAGGAGAUCCUAUUCAACCACUUACAUAUAAACUUAUGUCAAUGGUUACACAUAUGGGUCCAUCAGUAAAUUGUGGGCAUUACACAGCGGUUGCCAAGGUUUCAACAGGCCAAUAUUAUUCCUUUGACGAUUCUUGCGUUCGUCCACUUAGUUUGAGUAAUGUACUGAGUACAAAUGCAUAUAUAAUGAUUUUUGAAAUGGAGCAACAGACACAAUCUCAGGUUCAAACGCAACAGACUGUCAAAUUAAAUGGUACAAUAACUGUGAACAACACAUUAUCUUCACCAGGAAGUCCUAUGAAUAAAACUAUAACUCCUAAAGCAUCAACAUCUGGAUUAUUCUCAUUAAAUGGAUCAGUUAAUGGUACAUCAACAAGCAGUAUUAAAGACAGUACUGAAAAUUUAGAAACUAAUUCACAAACGUCAACAAAUAAAAACACAGGACUUCAAUGUUCCACCCAAAAGAACACAAAUUUUAUCGGACCACAAUUACCGCAAAAAUUACAAGAUAAAUCUCAACCAAGAUUAAUUAUGCACAUUAAAAAUGGAAAAAUUUUAAAUGGAAAUAGUUUGGUUCCUUAUGAUGGAUCCAGUGAAGAAGAAGAUAUUAGUUAUAUAGGAACUGUAAAAAAUCAUCCAAGUUCAAAUACUCCACCAAAAACAAAUACUUCUCCUGGCAGUACUAAUGGUACACAAAAAAAUUCUCCAGUAAAAAGUAGUUCACCUAAAAUAAUUGCUAAUACUAAAGAAGUGCAAAAGUCUAUAUCAAAGGCAAAUGGCAGUCGAGUAUCUGAAAACCAAACUAAUGUAACACAGUGUACAAAAACACAAAAUGGUUCUGUCUGUAGCACCACUACAAAUACAAUUAAGUAUCAAAAUGGUAAAUCAGAAGCAAAUGGUAAAACGGAGAAUGGUAGUAAUAAUAUUAAAAGUAAAUGGUAUCAAUCUGUUAGAGUAAAAACAGGACAAGAAGAAAAAGUAGUCACAAAAGCUGCAAGUAGUAGUAUGAAAGGCUGGCAAGUUUCAAAAGAUACGUUUUCUUCGACAUCAACUACAGCUCCUAAUGGAUGGUCUGUGACUGAUAAGGAAGAUGUUAACAAAAUUAGUCAGAAUAAUACCACCCUUAGUGCUGCAGCAUUAAGGGAUUUUAAUGGAACGAAUCGUUCCGAUACAGUUUCCCAUUUACUAAAGAUGUCUCAUCGUGGCUAUGGCAGUUCUUCGGGUCAAAAUUUAUCCGUUACAAAUUGGAAUGGCAACAGGACACAUUUAGAUCGAGAAGUUGACAACGAUAGAAGGGAAGAACGUAAACGACACUUCAAUACAGAUGACGAAGAAAUAGAUCGAGGUCGAGUAAAAAAAGUAAAAGAUCAUCGGACAUACGAAGAAAGAAGUAGCUCAGGAUAUAAUCUAUUCCAAGAAUACCAAAAUGGCAAAACGUGGAACCGAUCUCUCGGUGGUUAUUACCGGAGACAUUAUUAUAAUACUUCCAGCCACCCACGACCGCGGCAUGGUAGAAAUUAUAGGCCUCCGCAUUACAGAUAUAAUCAUUCUCGUGCGCAUUGGCAACGAGGAUAA